AUAUAUAUAGGGAGAAUUCACAAAUAUAUAUAUAUAUAUCGCAUAUAGAAAAACAGACUUAUAAUUAAGAAAAACAGUAUUUUUUUCACAACAUUUAUGUGAAUAUAUAAAUAUAUACACAUAUAUAUUAUAUCGGAUUACAGACUCGUCGAUGAGGCGUGAAUUAGUUACCAAGGAAUGUACUGUUUAUUUACUUAUUUUUCAUCAAAUUCAGCAGACAAUGCAUUGGAAUAUGAUUCUCAAAUUGGUCUCAUUGUCUUGCCUCUGUGUUCUCGGUGUUGCCUUCGAGAUACCGAAAGAUUAUGAGGCGGCAUACGCAGUUGCAUUCAAUUCAAAAGGAGAGACUCUGAUAAAACACACCAGAAAUAAAUCAUUAUUAUUUGUAGAUGAUCUCGAUAUAAUAUACAUUAACAUAAGCAGCGCUUUAAAGGAAUUUCAAUUAAAAUUCAUCCGAAACGUGGAUGUUUUUUCACCCGUGUUUCAAGUCCAUUAUCAAAUGCCAAACAAUAGUAGCAAUAAAGAGUCUUCUUUGGACGUUCAAAUGGAAGAAAAUAUUGAGACGAACAAUGUUCGGGCUUGUUUUUACAGGGGUUCCUUAAUCGGAGAAGAUGAUUCCUAUGCUGCAAUGAGCAUCUGCGGUGGUUUGAGUGGAAUUAUCCAAACUUCCUUGGGUGACUUUAUCAUACAGCCAUAUCCGGACUCAAAAGAAGCAAGUUCUACAAAAUAUGGAUUUACGAAAGGUGCGAAGAAUAACAGAGUUCCGCUCAUAUUAUACCGGAUGUCAUCUCUUCAUGAUGUUUAUCAUGACCUGACAAAUGAUUUCCAUCAUAAACAUCAGCAUCAUAAAAGACGUACGAGGCGAUCCAGUGGUCGCCCCUACUAUAACCCUAACAGACGCUACACUGUUGAGUUGUUUGUGGUCGUUGAUAAAGAAGCUUUAGCGAAAAUACAACACAUCAACCCUACAACAUUUGUUUUGAAUCUCUUUAAUAUGGUUGGCAUGUAUUAUGCACAAAAGAGUCUCGGAAUUCAAGUUCAUAUCGCUGUUACCGAUAUUUUAUUUAUGAGAAGAAAUGAGCCGGAAAUUAUUUACAGAAAAGGUCCUGGAUAUACACUCAAUAACUUUUGUAGGUGGAUAUAUGAUCAAAGAUACAGGAGACAACAAUUUGACCAUGCUGUGCUGCUAACUGGACAAAAAAUGUGCCCUGGUACCCAUUGCAAUUCAGUCGGUUAUGGUCGUAUUGGAGAUAUGUGUAUGGAACGUUCAAGCUGUUCAUUGGUCAGACUUAGAGGAUUACAUUCAGCUUUAAUAGCAGCACAUGAAAUUGGACAUAGUUUUGGUUUGGAACAUGACCAUCCUUUGGUAAACGGGUGUAAUCCAGUUGAAGAAACUAUAAUGAAACCGCAGAUUACCAAACAUACAGAGCAUUAUGUGUGGUCACAUUGUAGUAGAGAUAGUCUUCAUAAGUUCUUACGUUCGAAAGAUUCCUUUUGUUUACUAAAAACGAGCGCCAAGCAUUACAGGCAUUUCGAUGACAAACUUCCAGGGGAAAAUUACGAAGCCGAUAUGCAGUGUAAGCUACGACACGGGCCAGAAUAUCGUUAUUGCAGUGAUUUAACUACAAUUGAUCUUUGCAGUCAAUUGUGGUGUGUGAAAGAUAACCAACCAUGCAACAGCGGAUUAUUUCCAGCAGCUGCUGGAACACCAUGUGGUAGAAGUGUUUUUGACAAAAGUCGUGGCAGUCCUCAGUUGUGGUGUCUCGAUUACAAAUGUGUCCCAAAGAAUCCGAAUUUUAAAUUUAAAGAUCUAGAGAACUUUCAAGGUUCGUAUAUCAAUGGAUACUGGGAGAACUGGUCAGCCUGGUCUGGGUGUCCAACGGAGUGUGGUGGUGGAAUACGUAUGAGAACACGUCUUUGUCUGAAACGACAACAUCAGAUAGGUAAACCUCGUUGCAAUGGUCCCAGCGUGGAACAAGGUGUAUGCAAUCUGAACAAAUGUCGUCCGGGUGUACCAGAUCCCAGGGAAAAACAAUGCAGAUCGUUCAACGGAAAGGUUUAUAUGGGAGCAAGAUGGCUAUGGAGUGCUUAUAGGGAAUUCAGUUUUGGAAAGAAACAAUGUAUGCUCUACUGUGUCAAUAACAACGACAAUAAAGCUCACCGAAUGAGGUAUGCAGUUGAUGAUGGCACAUUGUGUAAUGCAAUAUCUAAUGAUGUUUGUAUCAAAGGUGUAUGCACACCUGUUGGAUGCGACUUACAGUUGAACUCAACAGCAAGAUUAGAUAGAUGUUGUGUUUGUGGUGGAGAUGGAUCUAGUUGUACUUUUACUCGUACAACUUUCAAUGCUCAAGGCAAAAUGUACGGCAUCGUGGAUCUCAUCGUGCUUCCAGAGGGAGCCUGUUCGGUAACGAUCACGGAAAGGUCUGUAACAAAGAAUGCUUUAGCCAUUGCAAAUGUUGCUCGAACUUACCAAUUUAACUACCGAGGAAAUAUCGAAGAAGGAAAACACGUUCUCAACGGUCAACCGAUCAGUUACAAAAAGACACGGGGUUACAAUAUCUACAAGACAAUGGAUUCUAUAAAGAUAGACGGUCCUUUGAAGGAAAGCAUUAAGGUGCAGCUGUAUUAUGUCGAACAUAACCCAGGAGUUGUUGUUUCCUACUCAAAACCUAAAUCGCACAGUAAAUCAUUUCCUCGUUUGUAUCAUGGCGUGCCAUAUUCAGCAUUGAAACCUGUGAGUACAGGUUACUUACCACCAAUGAUAUAUAAAUGGAUGGAUGUUGUAGAAAAAGAAUGUUCAAAUAAAUGCGGUACUGGAGGUGAACGUAUAAUAAAUAAUAAAUGUAAAUCUGUGUGGACAAAAGAGGUGGUAAAUUCAACUUUAUGUCGUUCCUUACCAAGGCCAGCACCUCGAAAGUUUAAAUGUCCCAGGAAAGAAUGUCCACCCAGAUGGGUAGCAGGAGCAUGGACCCUCUGUUCCAAGAAAUGCGGCACGGGAAAACAAAAACGCAAGCUCUAUUGUAAACAGAAAACAGCUUUGGGUUUCGACAAACAUAUCCAGAAGGAACUGUGCCUUAAACUGAAGAAACCAGUACGUUCGCGUAACUGCAACAACCAGCCUUGCAAAGCUAAAUGGCGUGCUAGUAAAUGGUCUUCAUGUUCUGUUACAUGUGGUAAAGGCUACAAAAGAAGACGUGUCGAUUGUAUGCAAAAAGUGAACAGACGGUGGACGGUGGUGCCUGAGACUGUGUGUUCACACUCCCAUAAACCUCAGUCAACCAGAACAUGUAGAACCCGCAAGAAAUGCCCCAAAACUAAAAAGUACCAAUGGGUGGCCUCUGCUUGGGGUGAAUGUUCAAAAUCUUGUGGCUACGGCGGUUUGCAAAGGAAAAUCCUUCGAUGCGCGAGAUAUGAUAGGAAAACAAAUAGCCUGACACCAAAGCCGAAUAAAAACUGCCAACAUAUUCCCAAACCGAAAAUGAUUCUAACAAGAAAAUGUGCUCAGCAAAAGGAAUGUAGCAAAUGGACCGUAUCGAGUUGGACACGUUGCAGCCAAUCAUGCGGUAUGUAUGGUGUUCAAACUCGGGCUGUGAAGUGUGUUGUUAAUGAACAUUGGCAAGUCAAUCCGCUCCGUUGUCGACAGUCGCAAAAACCACAGACCAAACAACGAUGUAAUACUUUUGUAUGUCCAACUGCAACUCUCAAAUCAUCUUGCACAGAUGUGAUGGAAUGGUGUUACGUGGCUGUGGCCAGAAAUAUGUGCAAGAGUCCGUUGAUCAAAAAACGUUGUUGCAAGUCAUGUUCCACGAGAGAACAGUAAGUGUUGCCUGAUGCAAAUGGCGGCGGAUUCAAUGUGGUAAGAAGACUGAAAAGUAUGGAAGAAAAAAGAAAACAAUUGACAGAAAACUCUGAAGGAAAAGAAAGAUAACGGAGGAAGAAAAAGACAAAGGUUAACACAGAUUAAAAAGAAAGGAAGAUGUCGGGUAAAAACAGAAAAUGGUUUAACAGAAAAGUCGAGAAAAAGGAUUGCCAAUGAAUUAUUUGACUAAUACGAUAUAUAUAUAUAUAUAUAUAUAUAUAUAUAUAUAUAUAUAAAACAAUUUGACUGCAAGUUGUCAGGAGUACAAACGGCUUACUUUUAAAAACAAUUUAUCAUAUAUAUGGAUUUGCUGGAGGUUAUCAAGUACGAAUGAAAUGAUGUACAUUAAAAACUGAAUCCAGCAUGACUCAAAAGAAAAGUAAAAGGCAGUAAAAAAGAAAGAGUUGAGUGGGUAAGGACCAGAGAGGGUGUUUAAAAUGAGGCAGGUGGGAAAAAGAGGUGGGAUGAGUUGAUUAAUGAUGGGAAGAGUGAUUGAAAAAGGGAAAGCAAUAAUCAUAAAAGGGAAUGAUAAAUGUAUCAUAAAGAUUAAUUAAUCAUAUAGUUAAUUUUCAUGUAAUUAACUAAUGAUUUCAUCAUGGACUGAUUGAUUGAUUGAUUUGUUCAUUCAUUGGCUUGUUAUCUUUGUUGAUUCAUUUGGUAAUACUGACUGAUAUUCUUGUAACCACAUAAAUAACCAAUAUAAAAUGUUAGAAUUGUGAGUGACAGCAAAUAUCGCAAGAGGAGUGAAUGGAAAAAAAGAAUCAACGUAGAGAGAAUGAAGAACUGAAAAAAAUUCACACACAUAUUUGUGCACACAUUUGUACAUGUAUAAAAUAUGUUUGGUUUUACAAACGGAAAAGAGAGAACUCAAAAUGUAAAGCAAAAAUAUAUAUAUAUAAUUUUUUAUUAUUAUUAUUAUUAUUAUUAGCUGAGAAUACUCCAAGAGUUACUCAGGGACCUUGACUUCCGUGAGAAAUCACUUUUCAGACUGAGAUUGAAAGAAACGAGAGAUGUAUUUACCGAUUAUAUUAUACAAAUCGAUAAAAUGUUCUAUGUAAUACCGUUAACGAUAUGUUAUUUGAGGACAUAAAUUUGAGAAUUUACCGAUAUAGAAGGUUGUAAACAUGAAAUGAUAUACUAAUAUGUCUGUCUGUGGUAGAAAAUUUACUUGCACACACAUUCAUCAACACACACAUUCAUGAACAUUAUAUAACUGCCUUCUCAUUCUAGUGCGCACGCGUGUAUCUGAAUAAAUAAAUGAUAGAAUAUACUUGUACACUGACACAUAUAUACCCACCUAUGUGUGUACACAGACACACACCAGUCUACUGAAAUCAAAAUAUACAAACACGAAAAUAUAAACAUAUCUACACACACUCCACACUUACAAACAUAUGCACGCAUAUACAUACAUGCGCAUGCACACACACACAUAUCCAUAGACAUAUUACCAUAUGACUAAAUACCUGUGCACAUUCACAUACGCUCUACCAUUCAGUAAAGGGGAGCUCAACACAUACCUCCAUAUAUAUAUAUAUAUAUAUAUAUAUAUAUAUAGAGUCAGAUACGUACAUGUAUGUAUGUACGUACUUGCAUGUAUGUACGUACUUGCACAAACAUUUAUGUAUACACGUACAUAGUAACGUACAUACUAACUUAUUAAUUCAUUUCAUACAUGCAUGCAGCCACACAUGGUUGCACAUAGUCACAAACACACAUGUGCGAACAUCUACAAGCUUGGCAUCUUGUUUUAAACGAUACCUCCGACAUGCCCAUUUUUUAAUGCAUAUUUAAAAUAUAAAAAUUGUACACAGAAGUAAAUACAUAUAAAAGUAGUAAUGUUUGAUACAGGUUGAAGAGGAAGAAAGAAAAGGAGACAGUAAGAGUAGUACGAGAAAAAGGAUGAAAGGAAGAAGAGACGGAGAAUAUACGUCGUGGAUCUCAAGAGCAUGUAACGAAAAGAGUGCAUGUGGUGGUGGAGGGGAGACCAUAUAUCAGUAAGGGUAUGUAGACAUUGUCGAAAAUUGCUACUCUUCAAACGAUGUCCACCGAGUUAUAAGACGGUCUCGUGUCACGCUCGCUAUCACUGUGAACUAGUGAUUGGCUGGUUAGAAUCUUCUAACCAAUGACGUUAAUGUUCACAACGUGCGAUUUAAAAUAAACAGCUAAAAUAAAA